AUGAAAGCAAGAGGGGGUGAAAACAAGAAAACGAAGGACAUGUUGGUCAACUGUCCUGCCUGCUACUGUGUGUCUGUUCCCAAAGUGGAACUUAUAAACAUAGUUAAAGAUAUACCAGAAGAAGUGAAUAAAGAAGAGGAGCAGGGAGAUGUCAACAGAAAGAAGGCCAUGCUGAUGGGAAGCCUUACCCACAACCUUGAGACACUCCAGAAAGAGAAGGAGAAUCUGCUAAUGGCCAUCAAGCUCAAUAAUGCUUUGGGAGAAGAGGUGGAGACUUUGAUCAGUGAGCUCUGCAAGCCCAGUGAGUUUGACAAGUACAAGAUAUUCAUUGGGGACUUGGACAAGGUGGUAAAUCUGCUGCUUUCCUGGUGGAGGCACCUAGCCCACAUGCAGAACCUCCUUAUUGGCCUUGGUGAAGAUGCCAGUAAUGAAGAAAAGAGCCCUCUCAACAAGAAUCUGGCGAGACAGAUAAGUGGACUGUCUGCUGAAGAGUCUUCCCUUAGAUUUCAUUCCAAAGGCAGGGGUCCUGGCUCUCCCUCCAAAAUUCACCAGUAUAAUGACUCCUCUUAG